UGACGUCAUCAAGAUGCGCUAAGAGUCCUUUCACCUGCUUCUCCUCGGAGUAGUCAGCCAGGGUCUGGAAGAUGGUGUGGUGCGCUGGGGCGGCUGCAGGUUCUCCGCUCUGGAGACUGUACUCCGUGGCUCGGAGGUUCCCGUCAGGUUAUGGAAGAAAUGCCAGCAUCAGGUUUUGCAAUACGCGAAGGACUUAUAAAAAUAUCAACCAUGCCACUGUAGAUCGAAUCAUCCGGGUAGAUCAUGCGGGGGAAUAUGGAGCAAACCGCAUAUAUGCUGGACAGAUGGCUGUCCUUGGUAGAACAAGUAUGGGACCAAUUAUUCAGAAAAUGUGGGAUCAAGAAAAGGAACAUUUGAAAAAAUUUAAUGAGUUGAUGGUUACAUUUAGAGUUCGCCCAACUAUUCUCAUGCCCUUGUGGAAUGUAAUGGGAUUUGUUUUGGGUGCUGGAACAGCUUUGCUUGGAAAGGAAGGGGCAAUGGCUUGCACAGUAGCUGUGGAAGAAUCAAUAGCACACCAUUAUAAUAACCAGAUUAGGACAUUAAUGGAAGAGGAUGCAGAAAAGUAUGAAGAACUCCUUCAGACAAUUAAAAAAUGUCGGGAUGAGGAGCUAGAACACCAUGACACAGGACUUGACCACGAUGCAGAAUUGGCACCAGCAUAUAGCAUUUUGAAAGGUGCUAUUCAGGUUGGAUGCAAAGCUGCAAUAUAUUUGUCAGAACGAAUUUAAAAUAAUUCUUUGUGACAAUAUGGAAAAGUUAAAGGAGUUAUAUUUGCACAUGUGAACUUUAUAAUUAUUGUAAAUUUUGUUAAUAAAUUGGAUAAUUCUACUUUUAAAAAA